UGCAUUACAGCCAAUAUGGGCUGUACAAUGGGAAAGAAGCUGUUGCUGUUAGAUGUUGACUGUGGGGUGGAUGAUGCCCAAGCGAUGAUGAUGGCUCUUGCAGCUCCUGAUGUACACAUCCUGGGUAUAACGUGUACUCACGGAAACACAAACAUUGAAAACGUUUGCAAAAAUGCGCUGCGAGUGUUACAACUUUGCAACAGGAUGGAGAUUCCUGUAUACCGGGGUGCAGGUACCUCGCUCCUUGGAGAACGUCUCCAUGAUCCUUCUUAUCAUGGAAAGGAUGGUCUGGGUGAUGUUCCAGACCCGAAUGCUCCAGGGCUGGAACACAUCCAAGCUGAGCAUGCAGUGAAUGCCAUGAUAAGAAUAGUCAAUAAGCAUGUUGGCCAGGUCUGUCUUGUUGCUGUUGGACCCCUGACCAAUGUGGCCCUGGCUGCAAAAAUGGACCCCACUUUCCCAACAAAACUGAAAUCUUUGUACAUCAUGGGAGGAAACAUGGAAGGUAGGUCUCCUUUACUGAAGCAAAAUACUAGCAGGUCUGACAGCAUCAGGAGAGAGAGAGGAAGAGAGUUGGUGGAAUUCAUGAAGAAUAUAACUGCACUUACUACUCAGUAUGUCAAAGAUGAUCAAGGCAACAAAGAGUUGUAUUUUGGACAGGGGUUUGUGUCCUGUGAUUCCUAUGCAAUGGCUGCUGCAAUUGAUGAGUCUGUUGUCACUGAACAUGCAGUGUAUGGGGUAAGUGUGGAACUGCAUGGAGCAUUGACCAGAGGGAUGAUGGUUCUAGAUACCCUUGAUCUCCUGAAACUAAAGCACAAAGCUGUUGUCUUUCUGAAAUGUGACAUGGAAAAGUUUAAGCAACUGUUGGUUAAUGCUGUGAAAUAGGAUGCUGCAAGCUUUUAAUGGGGAAAGAAAGGAAAAGUGAACAUAUAUUUCAUGUUGUAUUAUUUAGGAAGUAAACUCUAAUGCAGUACAAACUUAGCCAAAUUUAGACAACAUGCUGAUACAUUGCUAAUACCUUUAUCACAGUUACACUGCUUGUGUCUGCCUGGCAUCAACUCAUCUGCUAUGAAAACCUUCAUUCAUGCCUUUACCAUCUCUCAAAGUUGAUUAUUCUAAUGCUCUUCUGCAGGCAUUCCAUCUUUCUCCUUCUGUACAACUGGGGUCAUGCAAAACAAACUCCCAAUGAACCUGAUUAAUCUUUACCUGACCACACACCCACCCUGACAAAGGGCUUUUGCCCUAAAUGUCGAUUUUCCUGCUCCUCGGAUGCUGCCUGACUUGCUGUGCUUUUCCAGCACCACUCUAAUCUAGACUCUGGUUUCUAGCAUCUGCAGUCCUUGUUUUUAUCACCCACCCACCCAUUCAUCCCUAUGCUGCUUACCUACAUUAGCUUCUUAUCCUUGUCUUCAAAUCAUUCCCUAUCUCUACAAUCCUCUGAGAUUCUGUAAUCCUUCCAUUCCAGCCACAUGUAUGCUGCCUUCCAUUGCUCGAUUGUUAGCUGUCUCCUCCCUAAGCUCUGGAAUUACACCCAUACACCACCCUGCCUUUCUUUUCCCUCUAAGAUGCUAUAUAAAUCCUACCAAUGUGACCAAACCUUUGGGCAUCCUACCUAAUAUCUCCUUAUGUCGCUUGGUGUCAAAUUUACUUAACGGUAUUCUAUUAAGUGCCCUGGGAUGCUUUACCAGUUUAAAGGCACUGGUUGCUUUUAUUAAUUAUUACAGCAUUAACCAGCUGAUUAUGCUUUGGCUUUAGAGGUUCGAAUUUCAAGAAAACCAUUUCGCUUUCUUUGUUUUACUAGUUAUCUGAAUUUGAUGCAAGGAUCAAUACAGUUAUGGGAGCUGAAAUAAAAACAGUGCUGGAGAAAGUCAACAGAUCUGGCAGCAUCUGAAUGGAGUUCUUUGGGACUGAAGAAGUAGUCAUACUGGACUCAACAUUAACUCUGUGUCUCUCUUCCUACAUGCUGCUAGGUCUGCUGAGUUUCUCCAGCACUUUCUAUUUUUAUUUUCAUCUCCAGCAUCUGUAAUAUUUUGCCUUUAGUUAUGAAAAUUGAUGUAUUUAAUCUCAUAGAGAGAUAUGUUUGAUUUUUUAAAAAGGGCUUUGCUUUUAUUUAAUUAGAUGUACUAGCAUUGGAUAGUAAUGGAUAAACGCGCUCUUGUAUGUUAUGAAUCAAUAAA